UUCUCUUUCCCCUCUAGCACAGCCAGGAGUAACAACCAGCCAUGACCAAAGACGACUCAGCCGAGCUUCCCUCUGAGGGGGCGCGCCAGCCGCUGGAAUUCCAGAGCCCUGUGCUGGAACGGAGAAAGAAACCCAUCGUCCACCCCUCCGCCCCAGCACCCUUGCCCAAGGAUUAUGCUUUCACUUUCUUUGACCCGAAUGACCCGGCUUGCCAGGAAAUCCUCUAUGACCCCCAGACCACAGUCCCGGAGCUGUUUGCCAUCAUCCGACAGUGGGUCCCCCAGGUGCAACAUAAGAUUGACGUCAUAGGCAGCGAGGUGAGUGACCCUGCCGCUGCCGUCCGCCUCUCCAACCAGCUGCUGGCCCUGGGGGCGGACGUGACCCUGCGCAGCCGCUGGACCAACAUGAACGCGCUGCACUACGCCGCCUACUUCGACGUGCCCGAGCUCAUCCGCAUCCUGCUCAAAAGCUCCAAGCCCAGAGUGCUCAACUCCACCUGCAGCGACUUCAACCACGGCACGGCGCUGCACAUCGCGGCCUCCAACCUGUGCCUGGGCACCCUGCGUUUCUGCGGCACGACGGAGUUCGCUAGUGGCCAGUGGGUCGGAGUGGAGCUGGAUGAGCCGGAAGGCAAGAACGAUGGAAGCGUGGGAGGAAUACGCUACUUCAUUUGCCCUCCGAAGCAAGGAGUUUUCGCCUCUGUGUCUAAAAUCACCAAAGCCACAGACCAGAUGCCGUCUUCAGUCACGUCCACCCCCAAAACGCCCCGCAUGGACUUCGCCCGCAUGGCCGGGAAGGGCCGCAAGGACAAGAAAGCCCUCAGGAAGAAGUCUCCUUCCGUGGGCAGCCUGGACCGAGAAGGGCUGAAGAUCGAGCUCGGGGACCAGGUGCUGGUGGCAGGGCAGAAGCAGGGCAUCAUCCGGUUCUACGGCAAGACGGACUUUGCGCCGGGUUACUGGUUUGGCAUCGAACUGGACAAGCCCACCGGGAAACACGACGGCUCGGUCUUCGGGGUCCGAUACUUCGCCUGCCCCCCCAAACACGGAGUUUUUGCUCCUCCUUCCAGGGUCCAGAGAGUCGGCGGCCCCAAAGACUCCCAGGGAGAUGGCAGUUCAGUGAAGAAGGUGCACCAAGUCACUAUGUCACAGCCAAAGCGCAACUUCACGGCGGUCAGGACCCCAAAAGACAUCACAUCAGAAAACUCCAUCUCUAGAUUACUCUUCUGCUGCUGGUUCCCCUGGAUGCUGCGCGCGGAGAUGCAGUCCUAAGGCCACGGCGCUCGCCCCUGCCCUCCUCCGCUCUGUCCUCUGCUCUCCAACUAACCGAAAGACUGCUCUCCCUGUCGGGCUCUCCCCUCCCCCCCGGUCGCAGUUCUAGUGAACCCCAGUGCCUUGGUACCAUUGAACGUCGCCCCGUCGUCCGUGAGAAAGGCUGCACUGACCCCACCCCCACGUGCGUACGCACCCCCACCCCACGUAGACGUGAUAUGGGCUCGGAGGCUCCCCUUUGAUUUCUCCCCCGACCCCCUUCAGGGAGUGGUGCCACAAACGCCAAGCGUCCCGGGUACCGAUUUCCCUCUGCGGUUCGAUUGUUCUCAGCCUGACACCCGGGCGAGGCUGAUCCAGCGCCCCCCGAACCCAGCCCUUUGUUUUGCUCCUCAACGAAACUUGAUCUAACCUGGCCUGUCUCUGCAUUACUGCAGCGGCAUGGACAGGGUCACAUCAUAACACCCCGAGUGUGGCAGCAGCGCUCCUCCCCAGCCUAAGCCGCCUUUUUCAGGUACUGCUCUCUUUCAGGAUGAAUGGUAUUAGAUUGCUCAGUCCCUUCCAGGGAGGAGAAACUGGUCCCAGGGCCAUCUUUAUCCAUAUGCAGAAAACGAAGCAGUGUAGGACACCUGAAAAUGUGGGGCACCACUGGGUCUUAAGACCCAUCCCCCUACCUCUUUCUGUCCCUGUUCUGUGGCUUUGCUUCCUCCAGAAAGCACCUAGGUCACUUGUAAGUGACCUAGCUUGCUGGAGCUAUUAGCAACACAUGGAUCUCAUGAAAGAGACAUUUGAGUGUAAGGAAGCCAAUUCACAGGCCAAGCCCCGGUCAGUUUCUGAAGUUGCCGUGGGAGCCGUAACUGAGUUUAAAAUUUGCUUUAGACAUAUUCCAUUAGUGUGUGCUGAAAUGUAUAAAAUCACAGCCCUAAAAAUCGUCAUCGGCCCCCCCACGCCCGUGGAGCACCAGUUUAAUAGCACCACAUCAACCCGAAGGACAAUCUUGACUGGUCCUGUGUUGGGCUGUAAAGAGCAGUGAGAUUUGGGGACGCUCUGAAAGCAGUGGAGAGAGCCCCAGUCCCUCAGGCAUUCGCUCUGGGGUGCACAGGUCAGUCACUAUGGGGGGAAAUCUGUAAGGUAGAUCAGUGCUUACAACGAUUGCUAAGCACUCCCCUCGUAACACAACCCCACCAGGGGCCAACUGAUGUUGGCUUCAAAGUUUGGAGUAGCUUGCACCAGUUCAGGGCAGAUUUGAGGGGUCGGGUCUCAACACAGCGGGUUGCCAGACACCCCCUGAUCCCUCCUUCAUUCUCAUUUAUUCGCUCCCUUCAGCGCGAUUACUUUGUAUUUGCAGGCAAACCCGCCAGACUUUUUUCCUUUCGAGCGGUUUACAAAAAAAAAGUAUAUUUUUAAAAGAAAAUCACCCUUACUAUUUUAAAAGAAAAAUUAGCCACGGACAAAUGGGAGCUGGCACGUUGCUGUUCCCCACCGAGCCGAAGGUCUUGUCUAGACACGGACAUUGUCCCACUUACAGCAAUCCAGUGUAGUUAUACAAAGUUCCCUCUAAUCUUGUCCAUCCAUGUGUAGAUUUUUUCCAUCUAUGUGCGGAAUAUUUUUUUUCCGUGUGCUGAGGCACGCGUGAAUGUGCACCACCAGUAGAAACACAACCAACCUGUGCUAAUCAGCUGGCCAGCAUUUGGAUUUCUCCUGAGCAGCUGCACAAGCACAGCUUACAGGGAACGCAGGAUGGGGAACAAGCUAUAUCCGGCUACAAGUCACCUUUAUCCCUUGUGACUAAGCCUACACAGGAGUUGGAUUGCUGCACCAGGAUCAGUGAAAAAUCGCAGCUCUGGCCCCUGUGGUUGCGGCAGCACAAAUUCUGUGUGUAGAAUUGGUGCAAGGGUCUCUCCUCUCAUGGCCACAAGCUUGGUAAAUAGAACCUGCCACUCACCUGCUUCAGCCAGCUUUUAGCUGGCAUGAGCCAGGAUACAGGUGCCUCGUACUGGGGCAGCUUAUUCCGCGUCCCAUGUGGGAAUAGCUACCCCGGUGUAAGCACUCUGAGCUGGGGAUAACUGCAUCCACGCUGGAGGGGGCCUGGCCCGGUCUGGAGAAAGGGCUUUCGGGGCAGGCCAGGGGUCGGGAAUGCUGGAAAGCUGAAGGUGUCCGGGAUGUUCCCAACCGCCUCCGAGCGUCUUUCAGGUGAGCGGCUGCUUUAGAGGAUGGUGUCGUGCUCCCUAAGUGGCCAGGCGUGGCUCCGGGCAGCUGCAGUUAUUGCAGGCUGCUGUCUGGGGCAGCUGGGGGGGGACUACCCAAGACAGGGGGGGGAAACCAGGAGCAGCUGCCUAGACUCUCUCUCCAUCCAUCUCAUUUUAUCCUUACAUCCAUCCAUCCUAUUCCUCCACCCAUCGUUCCUCCUGCCUCUGGCCUCGAAUCCAUCCCUCUAUCCUCCACCAUUGCUGCCAUGUCCCCUAACGUCCUGAGGCAGCUAGGUCCAGUGGUUAGAGCUGGGACAGCUAGGACGCCUGGAUUCUCAUCCUGAAAGGGAAACCCGUUCCUGACACCAGGAAAAGCAUGCUGGGCAUGGGAAUAGAGAGCCAGGACUGCUGGCAAGGAUCAUGGCUCAGUGUUUAGAGGGAGGAGACUCCUGGAUUUUCUUCCUAGCUCUGCUCAGCACCUUAUGGGCAAGCCCCUGCGCCUCGUGUGUGCCUCAGUUUCCCUAUCUGCAAAACAGGGAUGAGGCCAUUGCCCCACCUCACUGAGGGACCAUGAAGCUUGCAUAAUGAAAAGGCUUUGAGACCCUCAGUGCAGUGGCUGCCCCUGCGAAAGGAACAGAAAGCCUAGACUGGCCCCGAAUGUUGUCCUUUCAGCUGUUACGGCACUAAACACAGGCGUAGCCUCCUCCUCUUCGCUCCCUCUCCAGCCCAAUAAAAAGUUCCAUCCCCUCUCAUGUUCUUUUCUCUAGCAAUAAAACCCUUGCAAUUGCUCAGCUUUGCCCUUGUCACUAGGGGUAUCUUGGGUCUUCCCCAUUCCAUCCGCAUCUCGAGUCACCCCGGCCGAGCUUGCGUUUCCGAUGCUCACCGUCAGGGCCGCCAGCGACACGCUAACCUGGCCCCGGUCUGGCUCCGCCUCCUUUGCAGUGGUCCUCCGUGUUUGUAUAAUAGAAAUCACGUCGGGCGAAGUCUCUUUAACACUAUUUUUAAGAUUUGUAACCCACGCUCCUUGUCAAUUGUUUAGCGAGUGGCUUGUUUCUCCCGCUGCUGAGCUCACUGUUGACUCUGCAUGCCUUGUUCCUUCUCCCUUCCAUCCAGGCGCUCUGGAAAAUUCAGCAUGAGAAGAAAUCAAUAUGCCUAUUGCUUAUCUGUCAUUAAUAAAGAGUGUUUCUAUGUGCAUUGUGUAAAA